AUGGCUACUUUCUUUGGUUCCCCACCAAUUUUCUCCCUCCCUCUUGCCAGACCUCAUCACAUUUCGUCAUCAUCACAAAUUCCACCACCAACACCUCCACCAAAUCCUGCCCCACAAUCUCAGCCCCCAACUUCCUCUCGACAGCUAAAGACAACAACUUUGAAUGAGGAAUCAGUGCAAGUGUCCACUGAAGCUAAGCAACAGAAGCCCAUCAAACCAGUCACUUCAUCCACUAAGGUUGAAUCCACAGAUUGGGUGGCCACUUCCUUGACUAGACGGUUUGGGCUAGGAGCUGGUCUGGCAUGGGUUGGUUUUCUUGCAUUUGGUGUCAUCUCAGAACAAAUCAAGACUCGCCUUGAAGUGUCUCAGCAAGAGGCAAAUACAAGGAACGUUGAGAAGGUGGAAGAGGUGGUGCUGCCAAAUGGCAUAAGGUACUAUGAGUUGAAAGUUGGUGGUGGCGCUUCUCCAAGGCCAGGUGAUCUGGUUGUGAUUGAUCUUAUGGGAAAAGUUGAAAACAAUGGAGAAGUGUUUGUGGACACAUUUGAGGGGGACACGAAACCAUUGGCUCUAGUGAUGGGGUCAAGGCCAUAUAGUAAGGGAGUGUGUGAAGGGAUAGAAUAUGUGCUAAAAACUAUGAAGGCAGGAGGCAAGAGGAAGGUAAUAGUCCCUCCUCAAUUGGGGUUUGGAGAGAAUGGUGCUGACUUAGGCACUGGUGUGCAAAUUCCUCCACUUGCAACCCUUGAGUACAUUGUAGAGGUUGACAAAGUCUCCAUUGCUCCUGCUUAA